AUGUCGAACCACAACGAUGCCAGAACGUCACAAGUGAGGAUAGACAGCCUGAUCGCGACAAGGGAUGCUACAGUCCCACAACACUCUGCACCUCCAGACAAGCCGACCACUUCAAACAACACUGUUACGGAGCCCAGCAGCACGGAAACGAGUUUGAAGAGGAUGAGAACUCACAACAACACAAGGCUUACAAAGAAGGCCAGACUAUCAACUGAUACCAAGACCUCGGAGGAUACGACUUCAGAGGAUACCGAGACUUCGGAGGACACGAAGACCUCUGAAGAUACGGAAACAGAUGAUUCGAACCAGGUCUUGGAAGAUGAUGAUCUGGUGUAUUCGCUCUUUGCGAUUCAUGCCGAGGCUGUUAUGCGUGUGGAGCGAAGAAGGUUCUACAGGGUGUGCUGA